UUCAGUUUGAAGUUGUCAAACGCCGUCGUUUUCCUUUUUCCCUGUUCAUCUCCUCUCAUGACGAACCCUAGAUUGCUUUCGCGUGUUCUCUCCCCCUUUCUACCAACUCUGAAGUACAACUCAGACUCUUCUGUUGUGUGUAUCUCAAUUCAUCUCUAUUUUAAAGUUUUCUUCUUCUCCAAUUUAAUCUUAGCUGUGAUGCCGUGUUUUGGUUCAAGAAUUGACCCACUUUUCACCCACCCAUCCAUUGUGUCCUAUCGGAUUGAUCUGAUGAGGGUAUUAUUUUCGCCGCCGGUUGAUGUUUGGGUGAAGAUUUCUUUGCUUCCGUUUAUGGUCUUACCACUCAUACCUCCACACCUCCAAUUAUUCACUGUUCAGCCGUCAUACCUUUUCUUGCAAAAUUGAUAUUGGAGAGUUUGAAUGCAUCAGCAAAGGUUGAUUCACUCAAGGAAAGGUGAGUGUCAGUUCUGAGGUCCAGUAAUUAUCUCUAUCUCUAUAUCUCUAUCUCUAUGUUGUAUUGAUUUUGUACUACUGAAGUCUGACUUAUCUUAGCUGUAUUGUAUUGUAAAUUUAUUUUUAAUCAUGGUCAUUUUGAAAAUUUGGCCUAUAAAUACCCUACCCCAUGUUGUGAACUUCCAUUCAUCCCAUUUCCAUUUCCAUAUCUCAAUCCUCUCUUUGAAAUCCCCUUAUUUUCACUAUUUUCACUAUUUCACUAUUCUGCAGACAUGAAUUCCAUUAAAAGCUUACGCCCUGGUAGAGAAGCAUGGAGGAUCAGAGCAAGGGUGAUUCGGAAAUGGGAGAUGGCUCCAACUUCUGAACCUUCCAAACCAUAUGCUCUACAACUCGUCUUGAUUGAUUCUGAAGGUUCUAAAAUAGAGGCAACUAUAAAGAAGUACAUGAUGAGUAAAUUUAUAAGGGAUAUUGUUGAAGGCAGUGUUUAUAAGAUUACAUAUUUCGUUGUUGUGGACAACAAUGGUGCAUAUCGUGCUGCUGAACAUGAGUACAAAAUUAUGUUCAAUAGCAAAACAAAGAUUCAAAUUGAUCAGUGUGAUGACAUUCCUAGAUUUGGUUUAACAUUGAAGGAUACAACAGAAAUUCAGAGUACAAUGGGGGAGUCUGACUUCUUGCUUGAUGUUAUUGGUUUGGUUACUGGUGUUUCUGAUGAGCAACAAUUCUCUAAAUCUGGAAAUGUUACUAGAAGGAUUGAGUUGGAGAUUACUGAUCACAAGGGAAAGAUAAAAAUGGCUUUAUUUGGAAACUAUGUUGAUGUUCUUAAAGGGUUUCUUGCUACUGAUGGAGUUGGACUUGCUGUGAUUGUUGUGCAGUUGGCCAAAGUUAAAACAUACAGAGGAGAAGUUGUUAUUCAGAAUGUUAUGCAUGCUACCAAGUUAUUGUGGAAUGCUGAGAUUCCAGAAGUUGCUGCCUUUCGUGAUGGUUUGGCCUUACAUGGUCUUGAUGCUGAUAUUCCUAUUGGGCAAAUUGGUGGUGGCUUCCACAACAUGCCUGCCAAUGAGGAGUUCAUUACAAUGUUUCCUAGGAAGAACAUUGUGGAGCUUCAUGACACAGCUGAGGAGGGUUUGUUUUUAAUCCUAGCAGAGAUUAGUGGUUUAGUUGAUGGCGAAAAGUGGUGGUACACUUCAUGUCACUGCCGCAGAUCUGUUACUAUUGAGGAUGGAAUUUAUUUCUGUGCUUCUUGCUCCACUCAUGUUAUUGAUGUUACUCCUAGGUUUCGCAUAAAAUUUGAGGUUUCUGAUGGAGAUGAGGUUGCUACCUUUGCAAUCUUUGACACUGAUUGUGAGAACAUGCUAAAGAAGAGCUGCAGGGAGUUGGUUCUAGGCUCAAAGGGAAAAUCUGUUGAAGAAUACCCUGAUGAAAUAAAGGCAUUGAUUGGGAAGGAAGCUAUUUUUAAAGUUGAAAAGUCAAUUGAUCAUGGUAUGAAGUAUGAUGAUUCAUACAAAGUCAAAAAGAUUUGCGAUGAUUUGUCUAUUAUUCAGCUCUUCAAGGACAAGACAAAGAUUCAAACACCAACUACGCUUAUUACUGAUCCAUUUUGUUCCAAAUCUGCAUCUGAUGACCAAGAAUCUGUAUUCAGUGAUAAAUCCAUUGGUUCUUCUAGCCAAAUAUCUGCAGUUCCUAAAAGCACUCUCUCUCUUGAUGAUCUUUCACAAUUUACAGAGUCAUCAGUUACUUCUGCAGCUUCCAAAUCUGAUGGUGAUGGUGCAACCAUCUGCAAACCUCCAAGGAAGAAGAGGUUGGUGCAAGUAAAGGCUGAGAAGUGAAGCCGCUUAGUGAUUUAUUAGGGACAUCUUUAGAUUAAUUUUGUGCCUGUGCCUUGAUGCUUAUCAGAUUAUAUUUUUUGUGUAUGACUAUUAUGAACUCCUUCGACUAUGUUUGUUUACUAACUAUCAUAGUCUGCCAAUCAUUUAUGUGGUUGGCUAUUAUGUAAUAUAAGAAUAUUAGAUGUCCCUGUAUUUGAAUUAUGGAGUUUAUGUUGUGUAAUAUCCUAGACUCAUGUUGUUCUUAACUUAUUCUAAUAUAUGUGAACUAUGUUGUUAUC